CUAGUAGCAGGCAAGACAAACAGAGUGGCGGGAGCAUGAACGUUUUCGGUUAGUCGAACCAAAGUGGCGUUGAUCCGACUCGAAUCAUAACAGACAAUUCACAAUGGAUAAGAAACCUUUAAUUUCUAUUUCUCAAGAGUACUUUGACGAGGUAUGCCUUGACAAUGCUGGUAUAUUUGAGCUGAAUGAGGUGGACGCCCUGCAAGAAACGAUCGACCAGCUACGGGUACAGGGUUCACUGGAUCAUUUGUCGCUGACCUUUCCGACCUCAAAAGAAGGCCUUGAAGCUCGCGAUGAGCGCUCACGUGUCUUGACUUUGAUUGAGGACUUGAAUGUUUCAAGGAAUCAUCUUGAUAAGGCUUUGCGAGAAGUGAAGGUAAUACUCGAUAGCGGAAGAACGCAUCAACUAGACAUGUUUCUUCAUCACCAAGGAGUGGAAGCCCUCGUAGAAUCGUCUCUCGGCAUUGCGGCAAGCGAUCUCGAGCUUUUUGACGUAUGGCUGCAAAAUAUACUUCAACUUAUAGCAGGACCGAAGCCGGACAAAAGCUCUAUUCAAGCUUUCCAACUAGCAAUGCCGGAAGUCAUGCCCUACCUUUUAGGAGUGCAUCAUUGUCUUCUACAGAAUGGGAACAGAAGUGAAACCUUGGUGAAUUUGCUUCGUAUCAUGACAUGGUCGACGAAGCAAUGUGAGGUCAAUAAAAAGACUUGGAUGCAGCUCAAAAACGAAGGCGCAGACUUUCUACAGAUCCUCAUGGAAACGAUGGAUAGCUGUCUUAUUGGAGACAACGACACCUGGAGUCAGGACGUCGGGCACAAUCUGUGUCGAUUUGUAACGAGCCUGUGUACCUUUGAUGACUUCCAAAGUCCGAACAAAAGUAGCAUCGCCGCACCGACCAUAGCAUCAACCCAUGCUAACGUACAAGCCUUCGCCGCACGUCAAAUAGUACCGAAGCUCCACCUCUAUCUUCAACGAAACAACGAUUCUGCCGGAAUCCUUUGUCUGAGAGCACUAGCCGUACAGGACGGGAUCGUGCAGAGCAUGGUGGCCGUCGGAAUUCUGGAGAUGACUAAAGCUAUGUUCAAAAAGAAUGUCAAUCUUGUAGCGGACUCUGAAGAGACACUGCAGAUGCUGACGGCGAUCAUCGGGCUCUUUCGCAAUCUAUCCGCCAAUGACGAAAUCAAGACAACGCUUUGUAUUGGAAAUCAAUCUGUACUUGGCAAUCUACUGCAAGCAAUGGAAAAGUACCCUUCAGCAGCAAGCUUACAGGAACAUGCUUGCGGUACGCUGGCCGCCAUGGCACUACGUGAGCCCAAGAAUGCUGAGUAUUUGGUAGGUCAUGACGCCCACACAUGGAUUGUCCGAGCAAUGCGAAAUCACCCACAACGGUCAGUACUUCAGCGUCAGGCAGCUCUGGCGUUACGUAACCUCGUGAGCCGAUCUCCCGAGUUGCGUCCUAAUGUACUACAGACCGAGGCAGAAGUUGUAUUGCGAACCAUUGCUGCAAAACAUGCUUCGUGCCAGGAUGAAGUUUACGCUGCACUACGUGACUUGGGUUUACCAGUCAGUCGCAUGCAAGUGGAACACGACGCAUCCGGGGAGGUUGUACUGCGACCUACGCAAAUGUUUGGAGAUGCUGUCAAUACCAGGUUCAGAGCCGUUUUUGAGUAAUUUUUUACAAAGAUGAUGUCUAAACAAGUUGUGCUUUGCUUCGUGCGAAAGAGGCUGAGUGUAAAUGAAUGGGGAACCACAGUUAAGAAAGUAUUACCAACUUGACUGCAAACUAUUUUGGGUCUUGCGUUUUUACUGAGAGAUCACAUCAAUCACCUCAUCCUUCCAGAUCUUCUGUCGUGGAGAGAGCUUGUUCAAGUCUUCGUUGUCUCCCAAACCGGAAGCGACAAUACCGUUCACAACAUACGAAUGCGAGCUUGUGCCAGCUUGAUCGCCAUCAAUUUCAAGGUUGUAGAACGCCUCCACGUGAGCCUCGGUCAGAGUCAGCAGGUCACUCGUGAGGUCGCCCAUCUCAAUCCAUUCACCUUGAUGGUAGAUAGGAUGCUCAGGGGUUCCAGUCAAGUCGCCGUCCUUGGUAGCAAGGAUCGCCACAGGGACAGUCUUUUUAACGGGAUGAAUCAAUUUUUCGGUGACCAAGCCAUUGCCUUUGCCCGUUCCGGUGACAACGCGGUCACCUAGUUGUACAUCAACAAUGCGUUUCAGGGAACCGUCGGCCAUGGUCACAAGCGCGUCUUCGGUGAAACAAAGAGCUGGAUUACUAGCCCCACCUCCUCCACCAGAAGUGUCUCCUCCACCGCCUCCGGAAGAACCGCCAUCUGUACCUCCUCCACUACUUCCACCCUCACCUUCGACACAUUCGCGAGAGUUGGUCUGUUGGACGAACUGGACGAAAUCACUAACUUCAAAGUUCCAGGGACGUGCAAUAUUAAAGUAGUCCUCGAGGAUGGAAUCGGCAAGUUUGAUGGAACCCUCUGCCCAGCCAUGAAGAAGGGAGAAAGCUUCAUUGACGACAAAGAUGUUGGAGUCCGCCAGUGGUUUCUGGGCCAAAUCAAUGUUGUCGAUGUCGGUCCAGGCGUGCCAGGCACCACCCGCCCACGGUACAGCUUCAUUCCAGGUGCUCAGGACGGCAAACUCUGGAGGAUUGACAUUGCGGAAAGCCGCCAGUGCUUCAGAACCGGUGUAGUUGGCCCCUGGAUUUUCGUACAAGUGAUAUUGCUCGAGCUGGGCGUGGGCGUGUUUGAGGAAUUCCGCACUUUCCAAAUCCGAGUUGCUGAGAAUGGUUACCGGCUCGGGGCGGUCACGUUGGUAACGACGGAAGAACUGAGCCUUGUUACCGGACAAGUCGUUCGCGUAGACUGCGAGCAAGAACCCGCGACAUGUAUCCGGAUCGUUUUCAUCUUCGCACUCGACGUGUCCAUCUAGAGAAAUGCGCCACAAGGUUAGGGUGUGAGACGGUGAGACCAAUAAUCUUUGGCACAGCUCAGGCACGAUUUGCCACACGCACCGUGAUAACGACCGGCCAACAGCAUAUUACGGGCAUCACCGUCCAAUUCAAAGUCUCCCGCGCCGAGGUUCAAUUUGCGCCAGAACACUUGUCCACGCGGGUAGUAGAGGUAAAGCUUGGAGGCAAUGACGGUUUGCACGGAAUGCACAGCGUCCCACUUGGCGGCGGUCAUGAUCGAGUUGGCAAAGUUGGAGUUACGAAGAAUGUUCAACAGCGGGCGUUGCGGGACACCCAGGAUUGUAGUGAAGGUAGCCACGGCUGUGGCGCCAUUGGUAAA